UUAAUUUGGGAAUUAUUUGCUUGGUUUAGGUUAACCUCGUCACAUGUGUGAUAAGAUAAUUCAAUCGUCGUGGUAGGAGGCAGUUGUUGGUUGUGGUUGAAGAGGCGACGAAAUGUUUUAGCCACUGUAAACCCUUUCCGCGUGUCUAAUAGAUAAUGUUGCUGGCAGAGUUUCAACGAUACAUCUGGUGCUUUUAAAAUGGAAUAUUCGUAGUGAGCAGAGCAGCACCACACACAUAUGUUGGGCAUGAAGUCGUUCGAACUGUUCCUCGACUAGAAUGGAUUAUUUUACGAAGCCUGAAUUCGAACUGGAGAUAGAUGAUGUGAUAGUAAAGUAAUGGUCAGUCGCGAAAAUGAACCCAAAGAAGAGCAAAACGAUGUCGAUAUCAAAAAACGAAAUUGUAUAUUGCCAAUCAACAACUGCUGCUGUUGCUGCUACAGGCUACUGCUUCCAUCUCAUCAAUUCUGACGCAGUUCACUACAGUACACUAAUGAGCGAUGUUGAAUCAAUACGUUGACACUUGUCUGCUGCUAACUAGUCUGGCGCCAGUAUCCAAUCCAUAUGACUCGAAUUGACCAUUGGUGAUGUCCCAGUACAAGGGGAGAGGCCAAGAAUGUUGAAUAGGCCAGUCCAGCCACCAUGUCCACUGCUCACUGCUAGCAAUACGAGUAUUGUUCCAGCUACCAGCAACUAGCCAGUUAGAAAAAUCGGUGCUAUCAUUACAAGUACUUGUAAUUGAUCAUUGAUGAUACCCCUGCACAGGCAGAUGUCAAGAACAUUGAUUUGGCCAGUCCACUUCUGUAUGUGCUGCAAGCUAUACAAGUUUUUCUCGAGCUACUGCCAACCUGCCAAUUAAAAAGAUCAGUCCUGUUAAUUUCAACAUCAAUACAAGAUGAAGCUGCCAUCAAAAUGGAGCCACAGAUGAAACAACAGUACAUAUUACCCACGAAUCGUUGAUUUGGCCAGUGCAGCUAUCAUAUCCAUUGCUGAAGCUACCAGCGACCAGCGUGUCAAAAAAGUAUGUCACUAAGAUGAAGCUGCCACUAAAAUGGAGUCUCAGAUGAAACGACAGAAUUACGUAUCCAGCCGAAUAUAAGUUUGUGAUCAAUUCAACUAAACAUAUUAUUAACGUAAGUCAAUUCAACCAAAUAUAAAUCAUUAUUGUGAGUAAAGUACAUAGUGUAAUCAUAGAUAUAGUAAUAUAAGUAGUAAGUAGUUGAAGAUCACCAGAAAAAGAAUUCUGCCAAUAGAGACUAGGUUUCAAAAUGUUGAUAGUUGAAAAAUCUGAAGGUUUGAAAUUACAAGCAGUUUGUAACCAAAUACCCCAACACUCUGUCCAAGUUAAAUGGUAAUUUUCUAGGUUUUCCAUAAUACUCGGAUCAUGAGAUAAUCGAAAAGGGCCGUCUCUAGCUUCCACCAUUAUAUCAAGUUAUUUUUUAAAAUGAGUUAUUGAUUUACAUUCAACCACAUAUUUACCCAUAUAAACUGAAAUUUUGAUCACACUGACAGUAUGAGUGACCUCAAACAGGGAAAAUCUGUUUGAUUUCUUUAUUCAAAUGUUGAGUGUUAGCAAAGCAAGACAAGCAUUUGGACACUGUUAAAUUUUCAUUUUUUCCACCACACAAAUCACUGAGUAAAGUAAUGAGUGUGAUUUAUUAGCAUGACAGAAACAGGCAUUUUCACAACAAAAAUAGGGCAUUUUAAUGACAAAAAAUGAUAUUGCAUGGGAAACGAAUCAUUUCAUAAUAAAAUACUCCUUGAUGAAACGAAAAUCAAAAUAAAUGAUAAUUUACCUUCAGAUUAGAUUCCCUAUACUAAAAUUCAUAUUGUUAGCGGUACCAUUAUCGACAUUAUUUUUCUUCUACUGCCGCUGCAUUCUGCGGAGUUUUGUCACUUUUCUCUUCAAUCAAUAUUCUGUUGUCUUUGAGCGUUUUUUUGAAGUAAUCAAAGUGGUAUAACAGUUUACGGUGAGGGUAAACUUUUCCAUCUGUUCCAUUUUGUUUAUAUGGCACAUACUUAGUAGGUGCAUUCUCCUUCAGUGGAGAAAAGGGAAACUAUUUCUUUUGCCAAAAAUAUAAAAUGAAUUUUCAAGAUUCUACUAAAUAAGAAUAAUUAUUAACAUGAGUAAUGAAAAAUUAGAACAGAAUAACUUCAAAUUUGUAUUUCCUUCCUAAAAGCUUUGAAGAUUUCAAAUUCCUGACUAAUUAUCAAAUGUAUCAGGUUCUUCUGAGCAAUAUCCUCCAACAUCUUAUGAUGACUAUAGCCGCAACGAAUUAUUUUCCCAUGCUUGGUGGUGUGUACAUUUUAUUUCUUUUAUGUCGCGCUGUUUUCCAUACAUGGGAUUUGGUCGCCCUCCAAUUCUGAGUAGCAUUUUAAUCUAAAAAAUAAUAAUUAAUAUGAAUAUGAUAUAACCCAAAAUCAAAUAACACAUAAUGCACAUAAAAUAUAAAAAAUUGAAAGACACACAAAUACCCUAUAACUAGAACAAAUUUGCAGCUUAGUUACAAGAUAACAUGAUAAAACCAAAUAACAAACUGUAAGUACAUAAAAAAUAUAAAGAUUGAAAGACAGAGAAAGAACCUAAAACUAUAACAUUAUAAGGUAAUCAUAACAAGAGUAGAUAAACAUAGUAAACAAAAUUCAUUUCAAGGAACAGGGAAACAUCUCUGUGACUUACACUAUAAAUUGAUUUGCUUGCAGAUUUUAGAAACAUCUGUGAUAUAGUCAUUUUAUAUCAGAUCCUUCUUGGAAUAUUUUUUUCUUUAACUCUGAUUAAAGUGUCUACUUAAGUACUUAUCCAGUUGGUAUCUGUUUUCUAAUAAUGUUUUAAUAUCCGCAUAUUUAUAAAUCUUCUUUACAUCUUUGAGAUGUUUAAAUAGGUGGUAUGGCAGGUAUGUGAACAUGUACAUGUCUGUAUGAUUCCAAUUUUUUUAGACUUGCUGCCAACUUAAAUUGUCAAAAAUAAAUUUUUUUCUUACCAAAGAAAGUUUUAAUUUUGCAGGUUGAUAAUUGAAAACUUUUGCAAAUGAUUUACAGAUCCGACAUUUCAGGCAACAACACCACCGGCACACUCGAGUAACAUAGGGGGCGACACCAUUUUUUUGGAAAAUGAUUUUAAUUUUGUAAUUUUUCGAUAAAAGCAGACACAACUAAGUACACGCAAACAAUAACUAUAAUAUUGAGUAAUAUAUGUUCGCACCAUCACAUACAUGGAAUUUGUAUAGAUAGAUACUUUUUUUCCAUUUGGGUUAUAAAACUUUACCACAAUAACAGAUAAUAUUGUAUUGAUUAUCUCACACUGUAUGGGAAAAAAAAACAUUUCCUUUUUUUUGUGAUAAAACAAAGGGAGUGUUAUGUUCUCAAAAUAAAUUGGUCUAAAAUGAGUUAAGCUCUUUAUUAGAAUUAUUUAUAAUUAUUAAAUUUUACCUUAAUUAAUUUAUAUUGGACAUAUUACACUAGCGAUACAACAAAUUAAUUAAAUAAAAUUCAAAUUGAUUUAAAGAAAUUUACGUGAAUAAAAAUACAAAAUCCGCACAACACCAAAUAAAAAAUUCAGAGGGAAAUUACAUUAAAUUAAAUUAGAAAUUCACAAAAUUACGUAAAAUUACGUGAAUGAAAUUCAGAAUUAGCGCCGAAAAUUAUUAUAGAAAAAUUCUCACUUGUAAAUAUAAUAAAAGAAUUAAUAUUGAAUUUAAAAAAAUUAGAAACUUAGAAAAAUGAGAGAAAUUCGGAAGAGAUGUUAAGUUUCACCACCACUAUACAUAUAACUGUAUGUACGAAAAUGAAUAAGCUCGGAGAGCUUUUCUUAAAACAACUAUUUAUGGACAAAGGUUACAUGAGAACUGUCAUCGGACAAUUUCUCUAGUUAUGAUUUUAAGUGAAGGCUCUCUUCACUCUUCAAUUAUAGAUGGUGACAUUAUCUUCCUCUUUCCCCGGAUCAUAAUUUAAAAAUGCAUCCGAAGGGUAAACAGAGAAGAAAAAGACAGAGGUGAAAGGAGAGAAGAAAAAGGCAGAAGAGAGAAGAAAAGGUUAAAUCAAAACAGCAUUUUAUUGCCUAUAAAAUAGACUUGAUUUAACUUGAAAAGAAGGAAAAAUCUAACGUAUAGGAAAAACAGUGGUUAAUAUGAAGAUUGACAGGGAGAUAAAGAUAUGGGAUAUGCUUGUCAUAUCUAUAUUUAUAACAAGAGUCAAGAAGGGGAUAAUACGCUGUACCAAUCAAUAAAAUUGCGCUAAAUGCAAUGUAUAUGCAACUUAAUCAACUUACAUAGUUGGUAGUUGCUGGCAACUUAACACCUCCCCCCUAGGGAAAAUUUUUUUAUGGAAAUAAAAAUUUUUGAAAAUGUAAAAAUUUUCAAAAUUUAACAAAAAUUUACACUAAAUUUGAUAAAUUUUCUAAAAAGGUUUGUAAAAUUUCCUAAGAAAAUAAAAGUUUUGAGAAGAAAGAAAGUUAAAGAUUAUGACUAUAUAGUAGAUAUAAAUACCUAAUAAUAAUAGAUGAAAUUUUGUCUAAUAAUAGUUAUUGUCUUCAGCAUAAUAAUAUAGUAAAGAUGUAUGCAUAAAAUUAUAAAAUAGUUAGAUAAUAAUUUUAAGAGACUAGAAAUGAGACUAGAAAUGAUUUAAGAGAUUAGAACAAGUUCUUCCAUGCAAUCCUCGCCCGCCUGGACAGUGCGGAUUGUUGCAUAACCUAUCAGGGAUCGAAUCGCAGCUUCCUCCUGCUGGAUAACAAAUUACAGAUGGGCUCGGCUGGGGCGUGUUUAACGUGCUUUCCGGAAUCAUUAAACCUAGCUCGUCUAAAACAUCUUGUAUAUUAAUUGGGCUGCCUGGGUGUCCCUGCAUGGACACCGACAAGAACUCUGAAGAAACGGAACUUGCCAGGGACGUCACCCUGUGGUGCACCGUGACUGUUGGAACAGCACUAGGAGUGUGAGAAUGUUUUUUUUCCUUUCUAAAAUUAUGAGAAAUCAGUCUUUCGUCAAAAACUACUCACUCACUCACUCACUCACUCACUCACUCAAUCACUCACUCAAAUUCAUAAUCAAAAUGAGAAUCAUUUGAGGGAAAAAACACCUAUACUCAUUCACUCACAGAUCAAUUGCUGUAAAAAAUGUUUCAAAAUACCUAAGUACUUUUUUUUUUGAGCAAUAAUAUCAAACACAGAUUGAUUCGAAGUAAAAAUAUGCAACAGCAUACACUCGUAACAACCAACAACAUGCAGCAGCUGACACGAUUCCACGUAGGUACUUACCAAAAAAAGAAAUACGUGAAACAAAAUUUCUCUGUACCAAACCCCCUGCCCCUGGCACCCUGCACCAAUGAUGAGGAAAAUACACUCAUAACAACCAACAACAACAACGACGACAAAUUUAAAAAUCUUUACCUACUUUAAAAAUAUAUAUCUGAGAUUAUUUCAACGAGAGAAUUAUUCACUUAUCAUUCACAUAGCCGUGGAGCGGAGGCCACGACCUACAAAAUACACUCGCCACCACUGCUACAAACAACAACAACAACAACAACAAUAUACGACUGAUAAAAAAUAUUGUGAAAAAAUAUCUUUCAAAUUAUGACGAUUCGAAGUACAAAAAAAUAUGCAAAUUUUGAGGUACCAACAUGCUACAAAAAUUCCCAUUCAUUCGACGCUUUAAAAAAAAUAUCCAAGAGUAUUUCAAUGAGAGAGAAUUAUUAUUCUUAUCAUACACACAGGCCCGAGCCUACCUACUUACGAUUCCAUUCGAUUCGCUUGUGAAAAAAACCUACCUACCUACCUACAUUUGUCUAAUUUGUCAAAAUGUAUCAACCAUUAAUUGUUUUGUAAAUGAUUCGAUUUGUGAUGAGUGAGUAAGGAGGGGGGGGGGCUACUUCAACUAAUGAUAAUGUCAAACACAUAAAUAUAGGUACUUUAAACAAUUGUUAAUUUUAUAAUGAACUACUACUAUUUUUUUUUAAAAAAACACAAAACAUAAAAUUACAUUUAGUAUUAGACUUACAAAUGGGUACAAGUUCUAGUACUAGCAUUAUUACUGCUGUACACUUUUGAUAAAUGAUAACAUUGCGUGGCUAAAUAUGUACAAAAAAUAAGACUUGAUCUUACCCAUAGGGGUAGACAGUCAACUAUGAAAUUAAUCCAUUAUAAUAUCUUCUAAUUUAUAUGGUACCCUGAGCAAAUGUCUUGCAAUAGUUUUUCUGCAUUGUCGUAGGUAGUAUAAGGAACUGCGCCAAAAGUCAUGAUUUCCCAAAGUAAUGUACCAUAUGAACACUUACCCACUGAUAUCUUACAAGGUAAUGCAUUCCCCUUUGUGGAAUUGUAGUCCUUCUGUAAAUGUGGUAAAACUAAUUUCAGUUUUUCAAUUAGAUCAUCCAAUUUGAUAUUAAUUGAUUGAUGGGUGUAAUGGUAAAUUACUAUGUGUUUAACUGUUUAGGAGGUUCCGAAUUUUCCAAUUGAUAUUCCAUAUUUUUGACUUAGUACUCCAAGUGAGCAUUUUUUACCAUUUUUGCUAAUACUGUUGGAUAAUUUUCCAAUGUAGUUGUCAUCAACAGACAUCUGCAUGAUGACUAUUGACACAAUGCAUUUGUCAAUAUCUCAAUGACUAACAAUGACCACUCCUACAGCCAAUGUACUAAGUGAAAUAUUUUUAAAUCUUACCUUUGUCAAUUUUAUUACAAUUCAUAGAUAUUAUUACAUAGUAUUUAAACAGUGUAAUGUACACUUUGGAGGAGGGAAAUUAUCACAAGGUGGAAUUAAAAUUGAAGAAUAUAUGUCAUUAAUGUCAUUUACAUGGUAAUGUAUAUACAAACAAUCUUGCACAAAAAUCAAGACAGGCUGCAUCUAUAUAAUCUGGGUGGACUAUUGUAGAUGUUAGCCUGACUAAACACAUGUCACAUUCAAAUCUCAUAUUAUAAGAAUAAUUGUCAGUGAUAGGGUUCAAUACCUGCGCCUUAAUGUAACCAUUUGCAUUCUCUCAUCAUAACACCAGGUGUUAAGUGAAUGUUCUUGUCGCAUGUGUGUGAAACACUGUCAACAUUCACUUUUGAACUUGCUCUCAACUGGUUGCAAAGGUAAGUAGUACUCACUAAGUACUCAGUAUUCUUGAGCAUCCAUUAUGAUGGAAUCAUCAUUCAGCCAGUACUUACACUACAGAUAAUUGCAUCUUCAGAAAAUCUUUGGGUUGAAUGAGCGAUCUCUCUCCAUUGAAUACAGCCAUAAUAUCUUUGAUAGAUAUUUCUGGUAACAAAUUUACAAUGAUACUUUCCUCCUCUGUGAUGUAUCCAUAACUUAAAAUUUUUAAGGAGGUUUCAUCGGAAUCAUCAAAUUUUUAUUUAUUUCAGAUGAUUUAUUUGAACAAAUUAAAAAGUAAUUAAUUAUCCUUACAAAAAUAUAAAUCAUUUAUAAUCAAAUUAUAAAAAUCAAAUAAAAUAAUAAUGAAAGUACUCCCAUAGUUGCAUGAAGUUAGAUUGUACCUAACUACAAUCUUGUUCAAUGAAUACCCAAGGUCGAUCAAUGCUCUACACACUUAGUAUUCUCUUAUCUAUGAGGACAUCGGUGUUCUAUCUAGUCCGUUUUUGAUAAAUUCACACUGUGUAAACAUUUGUGUUCUUGGACAAUUUUUUUGAAAAUUUUGUUGAAAUUUUCGUUGAAGGUUGCCAAGGGGGUGAAGUAUAGAAAAUUUUGAUAAAAUUUACAUUUUUGUUGAAGGUCGCCAACAGGUUGAAAAGUAAGGGUAUAACCUGUUAUGAGUGGUAUUUAUGGGUUAAUAAGGUGCCAUACAUAAUGGGCGAGGGGGACUACCAUUCACUGAACUCGAGUUAUGGACAUAGGUACUAGGUUAAACAAUCUACCCACAAAGGCCGCGAAUUGGUAUAUUCAAUCCAUAACUAAACGUUUAUUUUAAAAAAAUACUUCCUAUAUUUAUUUUUUAAUUUGAUAUUGGAAAAACAAUAAUAACACAACUUUGAUAAUGUAGAUUUCCAAUGUGAUUUUUAAAAGCAGAAAUGAAUGACUGACAAUAAUUGACCUUCUUUUAGGAGUUAAUAUCAAAAAGUAGACAAACAAAAUAAUAUGAGCCCACAAUUUAAGUAACCACUGAUUUUGUGUAAUCAAUUUUUACAUUUUUGGGAUGAUAUAAACAAGUCUUUCUGUCAAGUGCAUCAAAAUAUUUUUUUGAAAUUCCAGGCAGUAAGUUCAUUGACCUACAAUAUUAUCUUCUUAAAGUUGAUAGAGCAGGUACGCAUUUACCAAAAGCUUUUCUCAAGAAUAGAUACACCUAUAUUCUAGAAAAAUGAAUUACUUACUUUACGUUUAUAUUUAAUCAACUUGAAGAUCAUUUUUUGUUUCUAUACGGAUAGGGAUCAAAUUUACAAUUUUUCACUGUAAUAUUCUCUGACAACUUUACAAAAACACCAAUUAGAUCUUUGUUAAACUGUAAUGUACACCGACUCAGCUUAACAGAUUCUGUCAUUAUAUUACAAUCUUCUAUUAUCACUUUUUUCAAUUCAGAUAACUGUAAUAAUUCGAUCAAUGAACCCACACCAUUGCAUGUUACAUUACUUUUAACAAUUCUCAACAUCUCAAUUUCAUAAUUUUGAAUAAAUUUCUUGAACUUUUGUAAUCCAGAAUCAGCACUAGUACCAGCACUACCACCACCACUAACUUUUGAAACUUUUUUAUUUACUAAAACUUCCAAAAUAUUGAAUCCAAAAUCUUUAAAAUACUGUCCUUUAAUGUGAUACAAAUGUUUCCCCACCUCCAGAUGAAUAGAGUUGAGGGGAAAUUCCAGGCUGUAUUGUACUACUUUAACCUGAUAAAAAUAUCUACACAUUAAUAUGAAAUGUUGCCACUGUGUUGGUAGCCAUAGAGUAUUAUUCAUAGUAAAUUUAUAAAACUUAUAAAUUUUGGCAAUAAUAAACAACACAACUCUAUUAAAGAGGGCAAACAUCACUUUGUUAUCUUCAGCUGCUUCUAGGUACUCAUUUGCUAUUUCAUUCAACACUUCCAUCUGGGUCGUUGAUGGUAAUGGGAGUCUAGCUGUAGGUAAGGUUUUCUGACGCAAAUAUGUUUUUGUUGAUGGUUUUUCUCAUCAUAUUAGUCACUUUCUGUUUGAGUGAUGAAGCUGUUCUAUAAAAAUUUUGUAUUGGAUCCAAAUUGAAGUCCGAUUCAAUUAGCUCCCAUGUUUCUUCGGCGACCCUUACAAAGGUACAUAGUAUUCACUGAUUUCACAGUAUUCUUUAGCAUCCAUAUGAUGGAAUCAUCAUUCAGCCAGUACCUUAUGGAUAAUUGAGUCUUCAAAUAAUCUUUUGGUUAAAUGAGUGAUCUCUCCCCAUUAAAUACAGCUAUAAUAUCUUCGAUAGACAUUUCUGGUAACAAAUUUACAAUGAUACUUUCCUCCUCUGUGAUGUAAACACAAUUUAUGGAUUUAGAAAAAAAAGUACUGGAAAUUUUCCGACUCAUUUUUGAUUUCUGUUGGCAAAACUCUAGGUUCAUGUUCGAAAAAUGUUUGCAAAAUAUAUUUAUAAAUAUCUUCAAAAAUAUAAGAAAAUCUACAAAGUUAUGUGACAAUGCUGAGGAAAAAACCACUUACAAGUAAUAUUGGAAUAAUUAAAACUUCAGAAAGAUUAAAUACAAAAUCUACCUCGUUUAAUGUGAUACAAAUGUUUCCCCUCCACCAGAUGAAUGGUGUCGAGGGGAAAUUCUAGGCCAUAAUGUUCUACUUUAACCUGAUGAAAAUAUCUACAUGUCAAUUAAAAAUUAACAAUUAUCUCUCUUGUGUUUAAAAUUUCCAAAUAUUUCCAAGUUCAAUUCCAGUGACAGAUUUUGGAUGGUGUACUGAUUCUGAAAAAACUAAAUAAAAAAGUUUUUCUUUUUAAAAAAUACAUUCCUUUGAAGAGUUUAUUUUUGAAACAAGAGGUAGGUACUACCUACUAUGUACAAACAUUUUUACCUUUUGUUUUUUUUACAUCCCCUACAUCUAGAAACUCCUCCCCAAUUUGUUUUUUUUCAACUCCAAGAUAAUUAAUGAAAUAUUAAUUCAGUUCAUUUUAAUUCACUUUCACUGUUAUUUUCACAAAAAAUUAUCAAAAAAAUUGAUACCUAUUUCUUUUCUACUAGGUACUAAAUAAACAUAAAAACAUUUUUCCUUUUUGUUUUUUGCAUCCUCUACAGCUAGAAGCUCCCCAAUUCCUUUUUGGUUUGACUCAUUGCCAUUGCUCUAUAAAUAAUUGAUGAAAAAAUUGAUUCAGUAUAUUUUUUCACUUACAACUUAUCAUUGGAAUGUUUUCUUUUUUUAAAAAAAACGACUAAAUGAUUAAAAAUGAGCUUACUUACCAAACUUCAGGUGUUUAGUGAACAUUCUCGUCGCAUGUGUGUGAAAAACUGGCAUCUGGCAACGUACACUUUUGAACUUGUUCUCCACUGGUUGCAAAGGUACAUAGUACUUGCUGAUUACACAGUAUUCUUGAGCAUCCAUUAUGAUGGAAUCAUCAUUCAGCCAGUACCUUAUGGGGUUAUAAAAUCUUUAACACAAUUAUUAAAAUCAAAAAAAGAAUUGAUAUGAAUAGACAAACUGAAACUUGAUAAUAAUACAUAUUAGUGCAGAUGUAGCCAGCCAGAGAUCUGGCGGGUAGCCAUAGCUGACUUUCCUCAUAAGAAGGUCCAUAUUUUAUAAUAUUCAUUUUGAUAUCAACAUAAUUUUGAUAUGUAAAUGGAAAAUAUGAUUUAAACUUUGGGAUGUACAGCAAUGUGAUUCACAUUGACCAUCCCUGCUUUGAAACAGAUUUUGAUGGUCUCUGUCAAAUCUUUCUAAAACAUAGAUCAAAAAUGAAAAAAUUUACAAAAUGUGACCCGAAAAUGGUCAAAUGAAACCAAAUUUGAAAACUAAUAAGUGAACCAACAGAAACAUUUCAUUUUAAUUAGUGAAAAUAUUCACAAAAUCAAAAGUUUACAUAAGCAAGUUCAGUAAACUCAAAAUAGAGUCAAUACGCCGCUGAGAACGUUUCAACUUUACUCAUACAGUAUUUAAAAGCAAAUGAAUGCUUUAGAUUACCUAACAAAGAAGCUGAAAAAAACAAACCAAAAGCGGGUCUAAAAAUGAUCAAAAUAAUAGCUAAAUAUUACAUAUUCAUUAAAUGUCUCUCUUAUAAAGACACAGCCAUAUAUUCGUAGCAAACAUGAAAAUGAUUUUAAAACUAAAUUUUAAUUUUCUAACUUGACAAAAUGAAACAAAACAAAACAAUAUUGUUAAAAAGAAUAUACUGAAUGAAAAUUUUUUAGAUAGAAAAAUGAUAAUUUUUUUUGCUCACAUGCAUUAAACAGUAGUGGUAAUUAAAGUACCAACAACUAGUCGAGGAACAGGGGCUAUUGAAGCCCAAAGCAUAUUCCACAUACAUCAGUGUGGUUGGCUCUGUUGCACAUUUCUAACAUGCGGAUGCUGAGUUUGCUGAAUAGGAGCUGGAAUGCUAUUUUGUUGCUGCCCUUGGCCUUGUGAAGAUUGAGACAUUCUAUGCAACAAGUCUUUCCUGACCUCAUUAACUGUUUCUAGGCAGAAUGCAGGGUUAAAUUUGUACAGAUUUUCGACAGAAAGUUUAAAAUUAAUAAUUGAUGCAUGUAAUCUAUCCAGAAACACAAAACUGCCUGUUUUGUUGUUAGUGGCCACAUCACUUUGGGGUCAUUAUGAGUCAAAAACCCAAUUGAACCCCGCCCCCCCUCAGGUUUCAAAUAUGAAUGCCUUAGUGGAAAACUACUGGGAUCUAUUGUCCCAAAUUCUUCUAAAGGAUGAAGACUAAGAUGUGAAUUUAAAAGGGUCACACAUUCAUUAUGAUACCAUUUCAAUACAGUAACAUUUUUUUAAUUGUCAGUUUUAUAGUUAUAGGCUCCUUGCUUUCUCUUUUUUAAAACUUUAUCUGUUUGGAAAGACAAUUCCUCAACUUAUUCUCCAUUAUUUUUCCUGUUGAGAAAAUACUGUGUAUUUUUCACAAAUACUUACACCAAUUCAUUUAUUCGGGUUAAUUUGGCAGUUUUGUCUUUGUACAGUUGAAACAUUUGGGCAUUACGUCUUGUGGAUUUAUGUAAUAUGUAUUUUUGGUCAACAUGAUGCAAUCAAUACAGAAAUGAUGUGCUAUCUUCAUAAUAAAAAUAAAAAUCUGGUGAUCUUCUGUCUAUUCUAUAUGUAUGACACAUUUGGGGAAAAAUAUUUUCUGUACCUAGUUGAACUAUUAAGAUGUAAUUUUUCAAAAUAACUUUAGAAUAUUAUUGUGUGUGGAUUUACUUUCAUAUAUUUUAUGGCUUGUGUACCUAUAUAUAGUAUACUGUAUGUGAAGUUGAAAAUGUAAAACUUUGAUCAUUUCAUCAAUAAAGGAUAUACAUGUGAAACAAUAUCUUUAUUUCUAAAUUUUUAAAUUUAGCUUUUGAUACCUUUCAUCAUUUUAUAACGUUUUAGGUGGCCUUUUUCAAAGUGAAUAUUCCAACAGAGAAAAUGAUAUUACUCCACUUUUCAUGCAGGUCUCUUGUCCAUUAAAGCAUUGCCAAGUAUUGAUUUUCACCAUAUAAAAUGUGGAUUUAGCUAGGUUGGUUGCUGUCCCCUUGACUUUCUUAAUAUGGAUCUCAUCUUUGGAACUGACAUCUUUAUCAAGAAUGGUUGAAAAAUGUGUAGGUGAAAAUCUUGAGUGGUUCAAUAACCAAGAAUUUCGCUGCACCCAUUUCCUAUUUCUGAAGAGCCUAAUGAUUACAAUAUUAUGAAUCAUUUGACUCAAAUUACACGGUUUUAUAUUAAUGAAGGAGAAGAGACUACUCGAUACAUUGUGAUCAUGAAAAAUAAAGAAUAUGCGGAUUGGAGUAGUUAUGGAGUUUCAUAAUCAUGCUUAUUUAAAAGUGUUUGGUUUUAUCAACGUCCUCUCCAGAUAACUGAUUCUUAUAGUUGUACUGGUUUUAUCAACAUCCUCUACAGAUAACUGAAUCUUAUUGUGGAAAAUUGAAACCAGUUCUAAACGGAUUAUGAAGCAUGUGCGGUUAUACAAAAUAUCCCUCCGGAUUUCUAAAGGAAGUGUUUUUGUGAACUGUGAUCAGAUUUAAGAUAUUUGAGUACCAGUAUUAAGCGGCUGCAUUAGGCUCUCGUUAUUUUUACGCGUUUUUUCUCCUUUGCUGGAGUUGGAGCUUUGUAUUUUUCCUGUUUCACUAAAGAAAGUCAUCCACAUAAAAUGGAUAAAUUGGCUAUAGAUUUAGAAGAUGGUAACCACGAAGAAUUAAAGCUGUCUCUACGAAGAUUCAUUAGAGUUGUGGUGCACGAGCGGAAAUGCCGAAACACGAACUGUAAGUUGGCAAGCUGCCAACGCAUGAAGCAAAUUUUUCUACAUAACAUGCAUUGCAAGUUGAGUGCGAGAAGUUGCCCACUUUGCGAGCGGGUAAUAACGGCUUUGUACUAUCAUGGCGUUUAUUGUGAAGACACGAAAUGUGUUGUGCCUGGAUGCCUGACUGUGAAUCCGAAGGCGAAACAGUUUCGAUUGCAGCUAAAAUUACGCCAAGUCCAAAGUCGAAUACGAAUUUCGAGCGGUUCCGCAUCAGGUGUGCCAUCCAGUUCUGCAAGAGGCGUAUCGUCUCUCUUUAAUAUUUCCUCUUUCGCUAAAGAAGACCAUCCGCAUAAAAUGCUUAAAUUGGCUAUAGAUUUAGAAGACGGUAACCACGAAGAAUUGAAGCUGUCUCUACAAAGAUUCAUUAGGGUUGUGGUGCACGAGCGGAAAUGCCGUAACACGAACUGCAGGUUAGCAAGCUGCCAACGCAUGAAGCUAAUUUUUCUGCAUAACACGCGUUGCAAGUUGAGUGCGAGAAGUUGUCCACUUUGCGAGCGGGUAAUAACGGCCUUGUACUAUCAUGCCGUUUAUUGUGAAGACACAAAAUGUGUUGUGCCUGGAUGCCUGACUGUGUAUCCGAAGAUGAAACAACUUAUUACUCAUCGUCAUCAGUAACUGUAGCGGUGUCCAUUGUAAAGCCAUCUACUGUUACCAAAAAAUCCUUUGGAUUUCCUAUUCUUAAGUCGUUGACGUCGUCGUCACCUCUGCAGAGCGAAUGUCGCUCUUCUGACGUGAUUUGUUUAGUUUUUCAGAAUUAUUAAAAUGAUCCGCCUUUGUUUCUUUAUACUGUAUAGUAUAGUUUAAUUUUUAUCCUUUUUUCGAUUUUUUAUCUUCAUUAUAUAUAAGUUUUUGUAACAUUGAUAAUUGUUAGUGUGAUAAUUGUACUUUCAUUAAAUUCACAUACUCGCAUUUAAA